CGGGCACACCGACGCUGCGCGCUACGAGAGGGUGAUACCGGAACACGUCAGCCUUUGCCUAACGAGUUUUGUCUACGUGAUAAACGACGGCUGGAGUGAUAAAUUGCGAGUUAUCAGCGAGCUUUGGACAUUGCUCUUACAAGGCCAAUCCUGACGAGACGUUCAUUAUGCGGAGCCGAUAGCAGCAGCUACGGAACGGUGCGUGCGUGCAAGUACGCAGCGAAUAGAGCAACAGCGGUGCCGUCAGCGGUGCGUGUUCGUCAGGUUCGUCUUCGUCGGGCGAGUGUGUCGCUUGCAUAUACUUGGUGAGACGACCAGGGGAGGCUUUUUCCGUCAUGAUGAUCGCCCGGGCUUUACGUGGCGUGCUCGCAGCCAACAAAUCGAUUAAUCUGUACUCACAGUCACAAUUACUGCAGCAUAAUCAGUACUUGGUGGUGGGACAAUUGACACGUAUGCUGUCGUCUCAUCAUUUCUCUAAGAAUAUUGAAUUUCUUACGCAAGAUAGUCACGUAUCUUCGAAGAAUGUAGCGCGUAACGGGAAUGUGAUAAAUAAUCGUCCAUUGUUAGUAAUUCUUACUUGGCUGUUAUCGAAACGACGUCACGUCAUGAAGUUUGUUAAUUUGUACAUGGAACAAGGUUUCGAUGUGGCAGUGGUGUCCCUUACACCGUGGCAACUUAUGUGGCCUACAAAAGGUUCCAGAUUAGUCGCAGCAGAUUUGUUAACUUUCUUAAAGCAGAAUGAGAAUUACGAGCAGAUCCUGCUGCACGGUUUCUCAGUAGGUGGUUACAUGUGGGGCGAAGCUUUAGACUUGAUUCAGAACGACAAAGAGAAGUACAGUAACAUUACAGACAGAAUUGUCGGACAAGUGUGGGACAGUAUAGCCGACGUUGGUCAAAUCGUGAUAGGCUUCCCUCAAGCAGUAUUUCCAAAAAAUAUGGUGCUGCAGUCGAUGUUGAAAAAAUAUUUAGAGUAUCACAUGAAAACAUUCCAUCAGCAAUCAACGCAGUAUUACAUCCGGUCUAGUCAAGUGUUUCACACUGCUAGCGUACGUGUACCGGCGUUACUAUUUGUUAGCAAGACCGACCCAGUCGGAGCUAUAACCAGCAACUUGGUCCUGCGUGAUGCCUGGGAAUCUAUAGGCAUAAAGACGUACAUGAAGACAUUCGAGGAGUCGCCGCACGUCGCUCACUUCUAUACUUAUCCUAAGGAAUACGUUGCCGAGCUGUACGCCUUUCUACAGAAGCUGAAUCUAAUACAGAACGAGGAGAAGAUUAGGGCGCGCCUUUGAGCAUCUUUUGAUAUCACGUAUUAACGCAUUUUCUUUAAUAUAGUCUUUCUAAAAUGAUAUUACACUCCUUGCAUUUGUAAUAUUCAGCACUUGCCAUGUAUGCGCAUAAUAUAUACACAUAGUACAUGUUUUUAUAUAUUUACACUUGUAGAGCGUUUGUACAAAAUUAGAGAAUCAUAAAGAUAUUCGGCCAGUGACAUAUAUAUCUUUAUACGAUAUAUACACACACACACACACAUCUAAAAGAUGAUAGAGAGUCCUGUAUUUUUAUACAAUUGAUUUUCUAAAAGGAUUGCAUAGGUAAUGUACAUCAUUUAUUAUCGUUUCAAUGCAAAUAGUAUUCAGACUGCAAGUUCGUACGUUCAACGAAUUUUUUCUUUUUAUACAAUAAAAAGGUCCGAAACAAAUACUUCAAGGAAGCACGAUUAUUAUUGUACUGAGCAUUAUAGAUUGUUGUAUGAGCUACGAAAUACAUUAGGUAACAAUUUUA